AAAUUCGCUUCCCUCCCUCGGGAUGGAUCCGUCCUACGUUCCGAGGAGCUGGAGUUACUCGCUCGCUUUUCCAUUAGGAGACUUUUGGGACACUUGAACAGGAUCAGCGGCGGUCGACGAACACCUUUCGAUAGAGCGGGAUGAAACGCGCUAUUCUUCUGCAAACGAACCAUCAAAAAGAGUUUCAUUCACUGCACACUUGAGACAAAACGCGCUUUGUUCGCACGCGCAGAACUCGCAUAUCACUCGUGGAGAGAUCCGCGCUGAUUCCCGAGUGCAGCUGCAUCAGAGAAACGCUCGCUGUAAGGAUGUGUUUACUAAGGAUUACAACUGGAGCUCAUCUUUUGCUGAUAUCCGUCCUCCUCACAACAUUUACAUACGCAGUGGCUGACGUGAAUCUGUCGGAGUCUGGAGAGAUCGAGGCUCUAGCUGAGGCCCAAAGCGGAGGGCUGCCAACAGCUGAAGGUUAUUUCCUGGAGUUUGUGGAGCCGCCAAACAAUAUAACUAUAGUGCAGGGCCAGACGGCCACUUUACACUGCAAAGUGGCAGGCCACCCGCGGCCCAGCAUCCGCUGGCUUAAGAACGACGCCCCGGUGGUGCAGGAGCAGGGCCGAGUCUCCAUCCGCAAGACAGAGGCUGGAUCCAAGCUCCGCAUUCAAGACCUGGACACCACCGACACCGGAUACUACCAGUGUGUGGCUUCAAACUCCAUCAAAGUCAUUUCGGCUACUGGAGUGCUCUAUGUGCGACUGGGGACUGGAGGACAGUUGCCAGCCCAUGGAGGAGAAGACUCAAAGCAUGAGAAGGGCUUCUGCCAGCCGUACCGUGGCAUCGCGUGCGCUCGCUUCAUAGGGAACAGGAGUAUCUACGUGGAGUCUCUGCAGAUGCAGGGAGAAAGUGAAAACCGCAUCACUGCGGCCUUCACGAUGAUCGGCACCUCGACCCAGCUAUCAGACCAGUGCUCUGAAUUUGCUAUCCCAUCCUUCUGCUAUUACGUCUUCCCGUUAUGCGAGGAGGGCACCAGAGGUCCAUGGCAGCGCCAACUCUGCCGCGAUGAGUGCGAGGCUCUGGAGAACGACUUGUGCAAUGCCGAGUACACCAUCGCACGCUCCAACCCUCUCAUCCUCAUGCAACUCGAGCUGCCCGCAUGCAACCUGCUUCCCCACCCCGGCUCGCCAGAAGCUGCCAGCUGCAUUCGCAUCGGCCUGCCACCGCAGUAUUCACCCCCAAAUCACAGCUGUUACAACGGAAGUGGCGCCAACUACAAAGGCACGGUCAGUGUCACGAAAUCAGGCUACCAGUGUCAGCCGUGGAGCGCACAGUAUCCACACAGUCAUCAUCUGACGCCUGUUGAGUACCCUGAGCUCAGAGGAGGCCACAAUUUCUGCAGGAACCCCGGAGGGCAAAUGGAGAGCCCUUGGUGUUUCACUUUAGACCCUAAUGUUAGAGUGGACGUCUGUGACAUUCAGCCCUGCAAUCCUCCAGAGAAAGUGAAAAAGGAGAUACUGUACAUCUUAAUCCCCAGUAUAGCCACCCCUCUUGUUAUUGCCUGCUUAUUCUUCUUGAUCUGCAUGUGUCGCAACAAACAGAAGGAGUCUGCUGAUGACACCCCCACUCGCCGCCAACUCACUGCCUCACCGAGUCAAGAAAUGGAGCUGCCUCUACUUAACCAGCACAAGCAUCAGGCGAAGCUACGAGAACUCAACCUGUCUGCAGUUCGAUUCAUGGAGGAGCUUGGAGAGGACCGUUUCGGAAAAGUCUACAAAGGUCACCUCUACGGUACGGCUCCAGGUGAGCAGACCCAGGUGGUGGCUAUAAAGACGGUCAAAGACAAGGACGAGGGUCCUCUACGGGAAGAAUUCCGCCACGAGGCCAUGCUCCGGUCCCGCCUACAGCACCCCAACAUCGUCUGCCUUUUGGGUGUGAUAACUAAAGAACAGCCCAUGAGCAUGAUCUUCAGCUAUUCGGGCCACGGUGACCUCCACGAGUUCCUGGUCAUGCGAUCCCCUCAUUCGGACGUCGGCAGCUCUGAUGACGACAAAACGGUCAAAUCCACUCCAGCCUGGAUUUACACACUGAUGCUAGAGUGCUGGAAUGAGUUCCCCGCAAGAAGGCCAAGAUUCAAAGACAUUCAUGCCCGGUUGCGCACCUGGGAGAGCUUGUCCAACUACAACAGCUCGGCGCAGACCUCAGGAGCGAGCAACACCACUCAAACCAGCUCCCUCAGCACGAGCCCCGUCAGUAACAUCAGCAAUGCCCGCUACAUUAGUCCCAAAAAGUCUUCCCCGUUUCCCCAGCCUCAGUUUGUGUCCAUGAAGGGCCAGAUGCGCCCAAUGGUGCCGCCCCAGCUCUACAUCCCAGUCAACGGCUACCAGCCAAUGCCGGCUUAUCCGUACAUGCAGAACUUCUACCCCAUGCAGAUCCCCAUGCAGAUGCCUCCACAGCAGCUGCACCCACAGUUGGUCGCCAAGGCUGGAUCACACCACAGCGGCAGCGGCUCCACCAGCACCGGCUAUGUGACCACUGCACCCUCCAACGGAUCUGGCACGGAGAAGACGGCCCUUAUGAAUGAAGACCUGAAGACGACAGACGAGGAUUUUGCUGACGGGGCCUCUCAAAGUGGCCUGCACAACGAGGACCUAUCUGUUCCUGAGACAGAGCUCCUGGGGGACAAUGACAGCCCGCGGACAGAGGACAAUGGAAACAACUCGGAAGCAUAGACAAUCUAUGAUUUUUCUAAUUUUUUUCUCAGUUGUACAGGUUUAAAAAGUGAAGGGAAACCAGUGAAUGACACAUGGACGUGGUGUUAUUUAUGGGCUUUUGUUUUAUCCGCAGCCACUGAUGGAUGAAUGCAUCAUGCUGCUGGAGAUAUUUUUAUAAGAAAUGUCAGCUUCACCCAUGAGCUGCGGUUUUUGUAGUCUGUGAUGAAGAAUCAAGCUUUCAGCCCUUCUGCUUUGGGGUCGGUGGCAGAUAUGA